AUGUCACGGGUAAUAAUAGUCGGCGCAGGUCCUUCUGGAAUUGCCGCGGCUUCGCGACUUAUUCAAAAUGGAUUUGACGUGACGAUUUUUGAAGCUGAAAACCGGAUCGGUGGGAGAAUUUGUUCCUUUCAAAUGGGUGAAUAUACAGCGGAUCUUGGAGCAGAAUGGGUCCACGGAGAAAAAGACAACGUGGCGUUUGAACUAGCAUGGCCUCUGGGACUUCUAGAACGAGCUUACGAGAACAAAGAGUUCAAUUCAUCAGGAAUAUUUGUUGGUUCUGAUGGAGAAAUCAUUUCCGAACAGGUUGCAGCCCCACUGUUGAAGCUCUUGGAGAAUAUCAGCGAUACUGUUGGAGAUGUCGUUGGGACUCUCAAGACUGGAUCCGUAGGAGAAUACGCAGAAAUCAAAAUCAACGAAUAUUUUAAAAGUCACCCGGAAAUUAGCGCUGAUAAACACAAACCUUUAAUGGAGUCUCUCAAUUCAGCGCAGAUGACAAUGGAUGGCGCUAAAAACUGGCAUGAAGUAUCUGCUAAAGGCUUCAAAGAUUAUGCAGACUGUGAAGGAGACCAAUUGAUCAAUUGGAAACACCGAACUUACUCUACAAUUCUGGAUAUUUUAAUGAAAAAAUAUCCGAAUCCAAAAGAAGAAUUGCCGAUUAGAAGUAAAACAAAAUUAAACUCUAAAAUUUCCCGUAUCGAUUACUCUAAAAGCCCCAUCAAGGUAACAACAAUUAACGGCGAAAAUUUUUUCGCGGAUCAUAUCAUAGUUACGCCAUCCAUAGCAGUUUUACAGAAAAACCACGAGACAUUAUUCACUCCGGCGUUAACUGGCAAAAAGCUCAAUGCGAUAAUGAAUCUUGCUUUGGGCCGCAUAGCGAAGAUACUUGUCUAUUAUGAGAACCCAUGGUGGAUAGGGGAGCCAUUUUGGUUUAGACAUUUGUACUGGACAUCAGAAGACAAAAAAGAAAUUGAAAAUGAUCCACAAAGAAGAUGGAUGUUAGGACUUACCUCAUCAAUGCGCAUAGAACACAGACCAAAGAUGAUGGUUUUCUGGGUUACUGGAUGUUAUGUCCAUGAAAUGGAGUCUAUUGAUGAAAAACUGUUUCAAGAACAAGUUAAACAAGUGAUCAAUAAAUUUUUUGGAAAGACUCACAAACUUUCGGAGCCGAAAAUCAUCAAAAGGAGUCUUUGGAAUACCAAUGAAAACUUUCUGGGAACUCAAAGCUUUCGACCUGUAAAAGCUGACCUUGUUGAUGCUCAUAUUGAAGACUAUGCUGCACCCAUUGAAGUAAAUAAUAAACCUACUAUAUUAUUUGCUGGCGAAGCGACAUCUCUUCAUUACUCAACAGUUCAUGGCGCUAUUGAGUCAGGCUGGCGUGAAGCUGAUCGUUUAAUAAAUUAUUACAAGUAG